AUGUCUCCUAAACCCCAUGUUCUCAUUAUGGGCCACUCCUUUGUCCGUCGUUUUGAAUUAUUUUUGUCUAAAGGCGUAGACGCAAGGGUACGACGGGAUCUUAACUUGUCCCGUUCCGCGCAGAUAACUUUUCUCGGAGUUGGAGGUCGCACUGUCGACAAGCUAUCUAAAUUUGAUUUACAUUUAGUAAGGUACCUACAACCCCAAAUUGUGAUUUUGGAGAUAGGUUCCAACGACCUUUCCGCACCGGACGCUAGGCCCGAGGUGGUAGGUUCGAAGAUCGAGACCCUCGUUCAGCGUUUACACGCUGAAUGCCGAGUUGAAACAAUAGUAGUUUGUCAGACCAUUAACCGCGCUGCAGGUUUGAGGGAUCCACCCUCCUUCAUCGAUCGUGUGGCUCUUCUCAACCAAUAUCUCAGCGUGGUGCUGGAGACCCUACCUUUUGCUGUUUUCUGGCGUCACAAAGGAUUUCGACAACCCACCGUUCGCAUUUUAUGCAGAGACGGGGUACACCUUAAUGCCAAAGGGCAAUAUGUUCUCUAUCGGAGUUACAGGGGCGCUAUUCUAUCCGCUAUUAAGCUCAGUUGCCUUCCCGCGGCGGGUCGCGCUCCCAGCUUAAAUUAGGUCCUUUUUUUACACCCACACUUUCUUCUGUCUUACAUGUCUAAAUAGACUGUUUGUAUAUGUUUACUGAGAACUCUAUGAGUUCCCAAGCUUUGCGGCAGAUAAGCAUGUUCCUUGCGGCAGCUAUCAUUAUUUGGGCUUGCCAAACAUGUUGCCGUUUUUCUUAUAUAUUACGGUUCGCUGGAACCGUUCUUUCUAUUAUUAAUUUUAAUAAUAUUUUAUUUUUUCUUCUGUUUUGUUACGUGAUCAAAAGUGGGGCAUGGACCUGCUGGGCAUAAGCGGUUUCUUUAGCCAACGCGCACAUACCCGCAAUUUUUCUGGUUCGCAUCCACGGGUUACUUUCCUUGCUACACAUAAGCUGUCUUUGUUUUCCAGUCAAUAUGAUGACUCGUCGGCAAUCUCGUGCUGCCCCUACCGUACCUCCUGCACCACGCCCACAGAAGCGUGCUGCCCCGGCCACGCGAGAAUCUCACAAAGCAAAGAGGUCAAAAUCAGCUACCCGGGCCACAGUUUCUAAUACGGACAGCCGUCCACCCGCCUCGGAACAUCCCUCCCAAUUGGUCACUGUUCCAAUUGCCGGCAACGACGUAGCCCCCGCCCCGGUGGACAUCGCUGCCAUAGUCUCAGAAGCCGUGCUAGGAGGACUUCAAGCAGCCGGCAUACUCCCUCAAGCUCAGAAGGAGCCAGAUGGUUCGAACGCCACUCCGGCUGCUGCUGUACAGGGAUCAGUAGCGGCCAUAAUCCAGGACAUAACCGGUUAGAGACCUCCUCCUAUGAACCCGUCGACUAUAAGUACCAGUCUGCUAUCAAUAAAUAGCAUAGCUCAGUCUAAUGACCGGCCCCAGCUGAUUCAUCAACAAAUCGCUGUACCUCUCGCCUCCAGGGUGUCUGACAAAAUUCAAUCAAAAAUUUGGGCAAACGAGUAUAUUGACUUAGGAACCCUAUUGCAAAUAGCAUCCCCAAACCAGUCACAGUACAAUUUUGUUGUUCAAACGCAACACUCUUCAGAUCAGCCGGUCAUUAGCCUCGAGCCAGCACAGAAACCUAAGAGAAUUGCCAAUAUAGACCAAUGAAUAUCAGUGUUUCAAACAUUUGUAGCUAUUUAUACCGUCUGAUCACCGACCGACGCCCCAGCUUUAAUGAAAUAUUCCGAGACAGUGUGGGACCUAGCGGCUAAGAACGCCCAUUGGCGUUAUUACGAUGAAAACUUUCGCUUUUUGAGGCAAAAAACUCUUUUCCCCUGGGACCAUAUCCAUUGGGAACUGUGGUUGCAAGUGCACCACAUGCAAAGGUCCUCUACGGUAGUUUCCUCGGACUCACGCAACAGGCCUACAAGGUCGCCCUUUCGUCCGGCUUUUGCUAGAGAUUUCACAGAGGGGAAAAGUGUUCCGGCUGUAACUUUAAACACGAAUGCUUUCGAUGUGGAUCUCAUCAUCCAGCCAACCAAUGCCACUUUCCCAAGCAACAGGCAAACUCCACCAAAGCUGUACCGCGACCGAAAUCCACAGCAGUCACCGCAAAUAACUCAGCCCCUACCUCCCGCACUGUCUCAUCCAUUGGCAACGCCAAUAAAAAUAGAUAAAUUACAGGCCUAUCUGGAGGGCUACCCUCCUCGAUCUCGGCAAUACCUCAUCGAAGGUUUCCGUUUUGGUUUUUCUAUUGAUUAUGUUGGUCAUCGUAGUAACUUUGUACCCAAAAAAUCUUUUGUCAGCCACCACUAAUCCUAAGGCGGUAGACGAAAAAUUAGCUAAAGAAAUUCAGUUAGGAAGAAUCGUUGGUCCUUUCGAUGGACAGCCCUUUCCAGUCUUUUUAGGUUUCUCCUUUAGGCUUGAUUCCUAAAAAGGUGCCGGGGGAAUUCCGCGUAAUUCAUCACUUGUCCUUUCCUCAGGGAAGUCAAUUAAUUCCCAUAUCCCGCAAAUUGCUUCCAGCGUCCACUACGCUAAUAUUGACGAUGCCAUAAGGCUAAUUCGACGCACAGGCAGGGGCUGUGCGCUAGCGAAGACCGAUAUCAAAAAUGCUUUUCGGCUGAUUCCGGUCAGCCCCUCUGAUUACAAUUUGCUGGGGAUUUGCUGGCGUGAUCGAUUCUAUGUUGAUAGAAUCUUGCUAUGGGGCUUUCCAGUUCUUGCAAAAUAUUUGAUUGUUUCAGUUCCGGUCUGGAAUGGAUUGCUCGCUUUAGGUUACAUAUACCCGGUAUAUUACAUUUGUUAGAUGACUUUCUGAUCGUCAGCAAAUCGCUUGCAUCGUGCGCUAAUGAUCUGCAAGUUUUUCUCAAAACGUGUGAUGAAUUGGGCGUUUCAAUGGCUCCCGAGAAAACAGUAGGCCCGAGCUUCGUGUUGUCAUUUGCGGGUAUUGAGCUUGAUACACAGAACAUGGAAGCACGGCUCCCUAGCGACAAACUUACUAAAUGUCGUGACUCUAUUCAACAAUUCCUUCGUCGGAAAAAGAUAACUUUAAGAGAACUGCAAUCCUUAAUUGGUCUUCUCAAUUUGACUUGUUCUGUCAUAGUGCCCGGUCGAACUUUUUUACGCCGUUUAAUUAACUUGACAGUCGGGGUUAAACGCCCUCGAUAUUUUAUUCGUCUAAAUCGGGAAACAAAAUCUGACCUUAAAUUAUGGCUUAACUUCUUAGAAUCAUACAGUGGCAAGUCUUUCUUUUUAGACUAUAAUUGGCUCUCGUCAGCCAAACUACCUCUUUACACUGAUGCAGCAGCUUCUUUAGGUUACGGCGCAGUUUGCGGCUUGCAUUGGCUUUAUGGUCAAUGGCCUUCAAACUGGCUAGGUCGUAACAUUAUAGUGCUAGAGAUGUUUCCGAUCGUUAUAAGUCUUUCAAUAUGGGCGUCAGAACUGGCCAACAAAUGCGUCCUUUUUCACACGGAUAAUCUAGGUCUAGUUGACGUUAUUAACAAGAAAACUACGAAAGAUAACAAGCUAAUCGUCCUCUUGCGUGAACUAGUUUUACAAUGUUUGAAACAUAAUAUUUUAUUUCGGGCGGUCCACGUGUCUGGGGUGCUAAAUGUCAAGGCUGACGCUUUAUCGCGCUUACAGGUCACGAAAUUCAAGUCCCUGGGACAGGGCAUGGACCACGAACAAACCUUAGUUCCAUCACAUCUUCUACCGGAGAGCUGGCCUCUGUAGCACAAACACUUCUGUCCACUAGUCUCACUGAGUGUUCCAAGGACGCUUAGAAGCGCUCAUGGAGCUUAUUCACGAGAUGGGCUCAGUCCUUUUUAGGUAACGAAGUCUUAUGUUUACCUUUGCAGCCCGCGAUUAUAGUACUAUUUGUUUCACAUCUUUAUUCGCAUAAUUAUGCUUCCUCCCCUGUGACUAGUUAUUUAUCUGCUAUCGGCUAUGCCCACAAGUUAGCAGUUGUGAAUGAUCCAACGGAAACUGCGAUCAUUCGUCAAAUUCUUAAAGGUUAU